AAAUCAUGAUGUUUUUCAGAUAGAAGAGACCUUAAAGAAUAGGAAUAUGAUAUUAAAUAUCAAAAAUGUUAAAAAUCCAUUGUGCCAGAAUUUUACAAAAACAUGCUCAACCGUGCGGUUGAUAUGUCAGUAAAGAGUGGAAAUGACCAUGAGGCAGGGCAGAUGUUAGCAUAGUAGUUAGUGUGGUAGGAAGAUGUUUGAGUGGAAAAAGUGAACAAAUACAAUGAAAUUAUAUUAUAUUACUAAAACACAAUAUUAUCCUAUUACAUUAUACACUGCCUGGCCAAAAAAAAAGGUUGCAGUUUGGAUUUUUUUGGACAGUGCCCACUGUACAAGCCUCUGGAGGCAGUGUUAUGAUCUGGGGUUGCUUCAGUUGGUCAGGUCUAGGCUCAGCAAUGUUAUGCGACAAUAAAAUUAAGUCAGCUGAGGACCUGAAUGUACUGAAUGACCAGGUUAUCCCACCAAUGGAUUUUUUCUUCCCUGACGGCACGGGCAUAUUCCAGGACAACAAUGCCAAGAUUCAUCGCACUCAUAUUGUGAAAGAGUUGUUCUGGGAGGAUGAGGAAUCAUUUUCACACAUGAAUUGGCCACCACAGGGUCCUGACCUUAACCUCAUUAAAAAUCUUCGAGAUGUGCUGGAGAAGACUUUACGGAGUGGUUUGACUCUCCCAUUGUCAAUGCAAGAUAAUGCAAUUCUGGACAGAGAUAAAUAUGACGUUGCAUAAGGUUGUCGAAACAAUGCCACAGCGAAUGUGCAUGCACAUAUAUGUUAUGGGAAAACAUGUAGUGCAGUGUAUUGUUUCAUUCUUAGUGAUGGACACCAAAUUUUUCUAUGGCAGAGGAAAGGGUAGCAAAGCUGUGGUCCCCAGAGGAGUCAGACAUAGAGGACAGUGAUGAGGACUUGGAUGAUCCUGACUAUGUGCCAAGGCACACAGGUUACACAGUUGAAGAGUUACCAAUCCCUGAGCUUAUUGAGCCUGAUACACGCCCAGCCUGUGGCCCACAGUGAGGGCGAUGCAAACUCUGCCCAAAGGGGGUGCCGCGAUGGAAGUGUGCAGAGUGCGGAGUCUUCCUGUGUCCAAACAGCACACAGCAGUGCUUUGUCACGUAUCAUCUCAAAUGAAAGCUGAAAAUGAGUUACAAACAAUGACCACUCAAUGUCGAGCUUUCAAAACGUCAAGGAGGAUUCAUGCUGAAGUUAUGCUUCUUUAUAUAAUAGUGUGCCAGUAUGGGUGCAGUGAGUGGGUGGCAGAUACAGCGAAUGGCUCCAACAUCACGGUGAAAGUGGGGGAGAGCAUCAUGUUUCCUUUCUCAGCUGAGGGCAACCAAAGCUACACGGCUGACCUACUUUUUAAUACAUUUACAAUCGUUACAUGGUAUCCUCAACCAUUCAUUCAUGUACGAGAACAAUAUAAGGGAAGGGUCAGCUUUGGCAAUGACUCGAUAUGGCUGAACAAAUUAAGCCUAUCAGAUUCUGGCCUUUAUCAAGUUAAAAUUGAGUAUACAUCUGGAGAUUUUAAGCCACUGGAGCACACAUACUUUCACCUGCAGGUUUUUGAGCCCGUCUCUAAACCCAACAUCACAGCUGAGUGCCUGGGGAGUAAUGUCAGUCUGAGCUGCUUCAGCAGUCAGGGGACUGAAGUGGCUUACAGCUGGGAAACUCUGCCCCCUUGUAAUGACAGCUGUGUGCACCUGGGCCAAGCGAUAGACCUCCAGUUACACUCCCUCUCUCCAUCCACAACCUACGCUUGUACAGCCCAUAACCCUGUCAGCAGAGGCACCAGCGAUUCUGUGGAUCUGGAAAUGUGCUUCCGAUCAAAAGUUAGAUGGGUUCCAGCCUUGUGUGCCACAUCAGCAUUCUUUGUCUUCGGAGCACUAAUACUGCUGUACAAGAGGAAAAAGCACAAACAGUAUAAAAGUGAAACAAUUUAAGUGGAAGUUGAUGAGCCGGUCAUGGAAGAGGAGCCACCAUCCGCAGUGCCUUCCAUUGAUCCCGUAUAUGUCAGCAGGCUUUGUUCAAGUUAUCUCAGGGGCAACUGAGGGGACCUCUGCAUAGACUGAAUAUUCAAGCGUUAUAUAGACAGGAAAAAGGAAAGCCAAUGGGGAAUGUGAAGCCCUGUUGAAAUUAAACUAUAACAACAAACCUUAUAUUAAGGAAUAGAAAUCUAACAUUCUAGCAGGUUCUUGCCAAUGAUACAUUAAAGAGGUAAUCCGGCUCAUUGGUGAGAAGUCGGGCAUGAGCUUUCUAUCUGUGGUGCAUCUCUUAUUGAAAUGACUCCAAGAUAAAUCAUUGCUGGCUACUGAAACGAAGGUAGCUGAAUUCUAUUAUCAUUUUAUUUUACCUCCUGCGAUUGUUUCAUUCAUCUUUGCAUUUCAACCAUGUAAAUCACUCUGGAUAAAAAUUUCUGCUUAAUCAGAGCGAUAUUGUAAUGUAUAUUGAUGCUGCAUAGGUAUGGGGCAUGCUGCCCCACCAAGGCAUAACUUGCCGUCUAAUAUGUGCCAUCCAAAUCUGUAAAUAUACUGUGCCAUUUUGUUUACGAAAGCAUUUAUGCAUAAAAGUACUGUUAAAUUACUGACCUAAUAAUUUCAUAU